CCCUCCAGUCAGAACACAACCCUCCAGUCAGAACCCAAACCUCCAUCAGAACCCAAACCCCAGUCAGAACCCAAACCUGCAGUCAGAAUCCAAACCCCCAGUCAGAACCCAAACCCGCAGUCAGAACCCGAACUCCCACCCUCCAGUCAGAACACAACCCUCCAGUCAGAACCCAAACCUCCAGUCAGAUCAGAACCCAAAACUCCAGUCAGAAGCCAAACCUCCAGUCAGAACACAAAUCUCCUGUCAGAACACAAACCCCCAGUCAGAAUCCAAACCCCCAGUCAGAACCCAAAACCCCAGUCAGAACCCAAAAACCCAAAACUCCAGUCAGAAGCCAAACCUCCAGUCAGAACACAAAUCUCCUGUCAGAACACAAACCUCCAGUCAGAACCUAAACCCCCAGUCAGAACCCAAACCUCCAGUCAGAACCCAAACCCCCAGUUAGAAAACAAACCUCCAGUCAGAAGUCAAACCUCUAGUCAGAACCCAAACCCCCAGUCGGAACCCAAACCUCCAGUCAGAACACAAACCUCGGUUCAGAAACCAAACCCCAGUCAGAACCCAAACCUCCAGUCAGAACCCAAACCCCCAGUCAGAACAGAAACCUCCAGUCAGAACACAAACCUCCAGUCAGAAAAGAAACCUACAGUCAGAACCCCAACUCCCAGUCAGAACUCAAACCCGCAGUCAGAACCCAAACCCCCAGUCAGAACCCAAACUCCCAAUCAGAACCCAAACCUCCAGUCAGAACCCAAACCCCGAGUCAGAACCCAAACCUCCAGUCAGAACCCAAACUCCCAGUCUGAACCCAAACCUCCAGUCAGAACCCAAACGUAG